AUGGCGGACGAUUUGGUAGUGUUUGUUGAGCUGGAUAGUUUGUUUUGGGGAAACUUGCCUACUUCCAAGUUAUUAUCCCCAUUUUAAAUUACUCAUCUGCAGUUUUUUACAUAAAAAUCCAUUUAAAAUGGCCGAAAUGGAUCCUGAAGUUGCAAAUCGCCUCAAUAAAGAAGGCGCAACCCUGAUAGUUUUGGACGUUCCCGAAGGCACCGAAUUCGGCAUUGAUUACUUCUCAUGGAGCGCUGGUCCACGAUAUAAAGGAGUAAAAAUGGUACCAGCCGGGCUUCAUUUCAUUUACUACAGCGCAGUAGAUGGUGGGGGAGAAAGCGCUCCGAGAACGGGCAUGUUUCUUUUCACCAAGCGUCAUGAUAUCCAUGUCAUGAAAUGGGAUCCGAGCAGUGAAGAUGUGAUCCGAGUGGACUGUAGCGAAGAAGAAUUAAAUAGAUAUAGACAAGGUUUACAAGAUAUGGAUUCUUUUCUUGGUCCUUAUCCCUAUGAACACUUAAAGAAAUGGGUCUCCUUGACCAACCAUAUAACUGAAGAUUUACUAGAAAGACUUCAACCUGCAUGCAAAAAGAUUUCUUCAGCAACUGAGCUUGCCCAAGAGCUGUCAUAUACCAGAACAAAGCCUUCUAUGAGUGAGAGCACCAUUUCUUCAAUUGCCCACAAUCCAGAUGCUGUGAUAAGAUUUUCAGAGAUUCCCAAACAGAAGUUCCCUGAGGGUGCAUCUCCAGCAGAAAUUAGCAAACACAGCAUGGACAGCAGUUAUGUUCUUGGUAACAUGAUCAGCGGUAUGAAAGACAGAAAGGAAAUCGUUGGUGAACUUCAGUUUGCCUUUGUGUGUUUCCUUGUUGGCCAAGUGUAUGAUGCAUUUGAACACUGGAAAAGACUUCUUAAUCUGCUGUGUGCCUGCGAUGAAGCUUUGUCAAUGUACAGUGAUAUAUUUGAUGUCCUCAUAGGAGUGUUACAUUUUCAAGUGCAAGAAAUUCCAAAAGAUUUCUUUGUGGACAUAGUGUCAUCCAAUAAUUUCCUUACCACAACUUUGCAGAUGUUUUUCUCCAACCUGGAGAGUUCGACGUCAGCGGAUAAAAAGUUAGUGGACAAAGCUCGACGAUUCCGGCUUCAUUUGACCAAACGAUUCAACUGGGAUUUUGAGAACGAGCCGGAGGAGUUUGCACCAGUCGUGGUUGAAACUUGAUAGGGAAAAGCCGUUUGAACUGAAAUCCGUUAAAAGCUGGAUUAGAGUGGUGGAAAAUUGAUACACACGUGUCUGAGACAUGGCUACUAUAUAUAGAGAUAUUACCGGUAUUUAUAAUAUCUCUUUUUGAAUACAAACCUGAACGCCACCAUAUCAUUCAGGUUGUGUUCUUACUGGCAGCGUCAAUCAAAAAAGUUAUACUUUUGAUCGAAGUGUUUAAUUGUGAAGCGGUUGUCAUUCAAACUAAGGAAAGUUUCCACGACCUAUUUUAAACUGCACGUGCCCCAAUUAAAAAUUUCUUCUUUUCUCUGGAA